AUGCAGAAUAACGGUCAUGGUAUGGAUCCCAUACAGCAAAACCAAAUAUCCCAGAUUGCUGCAAUGUAUGGGUUUCAGGGCCCUUUACCACCAAAUGUGGUGAAUUUGAUUAUUCAAUUAACAGAGAAUUCAAGAGUCAUCAACCAACUGCAAGCUGAAAAUACAAAUAUCAAGGUACAGAAUCAACAACUUGCAUUAGAGAAUCUUCAGCUUCAAAUCGAACAUCAAAGGCAGUUAACAAAAUAUCACAAAAAAAGAGCACAUUAUAGAAAACGGUUACUUUCAAAAGAUCUAGAUAUAACAAAAUUAAAAAACGAGCUUCUCAGUAAAAAGGAUAUCAUUGAAGAUUAUGAGGAAGCUAUAGAUGAUGAAACUGAUUUUCUUGAUACCAUAUCCAAAAUUUUCAAGCCCAAAGAUGCCAAAUUACAGCAUGCUGAAAAACAACAGAAUACAGGAAAGAAAAGAAGGUUAGCAGUUGAAGACGAAAAAAGUUCCCUUAUUCACAAUGGGACAGAACAAGAAACUGAUGCCAAUGAAACGGAACUGGAAGAAAGUGAGAAGGAUGUUGAACCCCUAUAUCCAGGAAUACAUUAUCAAAAGUCCGUUGCACCACUGUUGCAGAAUAUAUCUAGAAUUAAGGGAUUCAUCAAACAAGAUGCAAAGUUCUAUAGCCUUAAAGAUUGCCUCUCAGACUGCUUCUCUUACUAUGGUCUAUUUCUCAAGAUUCCUUUUUUCAAUGUUGGGAAUACUACUAGCAUAAAUGAGGAAACUCAAAUUGCUACGAACACCAAAUAUUACGCGUGUUGCUUUUGCAGAGAAACCUUGUUCACUGUGAGAUCAGUCCAAUCCGAAGAGCCAUGCAAAUUAUCAUUAUGGUCAGAGCCAGAACAUGAAUGUGAUUUAACAAAGAUGUUUGAAAAUUUUGAGAGAUACUUAAGACACGAUAAAAAAUUAACAGAUGAAGCAAUCGAUAUAGAGGUCAAGAAAUUGAAACAGAUUAGUGACGGUGUUGCUAAUAAAAGACAUCAUAUUUGGGCAUUUUCAUUAAUUUCAAGUGCCGGUCUGGAUGCUAAUGUUGAAUUCCAAAUUGAACAAAUUUUAAACAUUGUAAUGCAACAUAAAGACUGUUUCAUCACUGAGGAUACCCCACAUGAUAAACAAAUCAAGAUCUUUGAAGAAGAAUCACUUAAUGUAUUCCUUGACAUUAACUUUUUGGAUGAUUAUAUGCUUUAUGGUUCCACGGAUCCACUUUUGGGUAGAGGAUAUUCAUAUGGAGGAACAAGAGAAAAAUACAGACAAGAAGCACAGAAAACUUUCCAAAAGAUACUACAUCAAUCCAAUUCACAAUAA